GCACCCACUCCAGGGUGGUGCUGGUGUCCGGGGAUGGCCAAAUCCUGGCCGAGACCGAGGGACCCUGCACCAACCACUGGCUCAUCGGCUCCGACAAGUGCCUGGAGAGGAUCGAGCGCAUGGUCACCGAGGCCAAGAGCAAGGCGGGCGCCGACCCCCAGGUGCCCCUGCGCUCCCUGGGGCUGUCCCUGAGCGGAGGGGACCAGCAGGACGCCAUCGGGAAGCUGACGGAGGAGCUGCAGCGCCGCUUCCCCCACCUGAGCCAGAGCUACUUCAUCACCACCGACGCCGUGGGGGCCAUGGCCACGGCCACCGACCACGGUGGCAUCGUGCUCAUCUCGGGCACGGGCUCCAACUGCAAACUCAUCAACCCCGACGGCUCCGAGACCGGCUGUGGAGGCUGGGGACACAUGAUGGGGGACGAAGGCUCUGCGUACUGGAUCGCUCACCAGGCUAUCAAGAUUGUGUUUGACUGCAUGGACAACCUGGAGGUGCCGCCCCACGACGUCGCCUACGUCAGGCAGGCCAUGUUCGACUACUUCCAGAUCUCGGACAGGAUGGGGCUCCUGACCCACCUCUACCGCACCUUCGAGAAGUCCAAAUUUGCAGGAUUUUGCCAGAAACUGGCGGAGGGUGCCCAGCUCGGUGACCCGCUGUGCUGCCACAUCUUCACCAAGGCGGGCGCGGUGCUGGCGCGCCACGUGGUGGCCGUGCUGCCCAAGAUCCACCAGAGCCUGUUCGGGGGCGAGCUGGGGCUGCCCAUCGUCUGCGUGGGCUCCGUGUGGAACAGCUGGGAGCGCCUGCGGGCGGGGUUCAUCCCGGUGCUGGAGCAGGCGCGGUUGGCGGCUCAGGGCCAUUUCUCCAGGUUCAGCCUGCUGAGGCUGCGGCGCUCCUCGGCGCUGGGGGGGGCGCGGCUCGGGGCCCGGAACGUGGGGGCGGCGCUGCCGCUGGAUCGCGCCGGGAACGUGGACGUGUUCUACACACACGAGUUCUGAGAGCUGCACCCCAAACACGGGGACAGGGACCCAAAACUGCCCACAGAGCGCCCCAAAAAUGGGACAGAGCCCCAAAACUGCCCCCAGAGUGCCCCAAAACACGGGA